AUACAAAAUUUUCGUUUCCUAUUUAUACUCCUUCUAAAAUGGAUUGUUGCCUGGGACGCCAGUCGGAGAGGCGCGAAGACAAGCGCGAGGACAAGCGCGAGGACAAGCGCGAAGACAAGCGCGAAGACAAGCGCAAACAAAAGCGGGAACAAAAGUCGGAAAAGAAGCCGGAUGAUUUGAACGAAACCGAAUUGGCCAAACUGUUGGACCUGGAGUUUGAGCACAUGCGUCGCCAGGCUCAAGCAAUAUGUCAGACGCUGGUCCAUCCAAGGGACCAGAAAUGCUGCCGGACCCAGCUCGAAGACGUCUCAAGGCUAAAUAAGUCAUACUCUUUGGAAAUAAAAAAGAACGUAAAUAUAUUUUUGAAAUUUUAUCUCAAGGCACUAAGAUGGACGCAGCUAAAUCAACCGGUGGAACUAUACAAGAAGUGGUACCCCACGGACAGCGACUCUAAAGAAAAGUGUGUCUGGAUGGAACCGGGGAAAUGUUUUUUCGCCAUGAAAGAGUUUGAGGAUGGCUCCAUAAUAAUGUACCAAGCCACGGCCAAAGAUCCCUCUGCCAAAUGGACUUCGAACGGUCUCAAGGCAUUAAGAUAGUAUAUUUUUCGAUUUAAGGCUACUUUCGAAAUUCGCAGUGUACAGCAAUGUUUCGAUAAGUUUUUUUUUUUUUUGUAAAGCAUUAAUUGCAAUAAAAAACAAC